AGAGAGGAGAUCCACCUGCUGCUGCUUUACCAGGCGCAUUAGCAGGGGCUGGAUCAGAACUGAGAAGCCAGCACUUGCACCAGCACCCAUGCAGGAUGCAGGUGUCCCAGGGGUGGCCUAGCUUGCUGAGCUACAGUGGCAGCCCCAUGUUGAGCACUUUCUGUGCUUACUGGUGUACUGCUCAUUUUUUAGCUCAUUUAGUUGUGUCAUUAGCACAACUCAUGUGUUGAGAUACACCCCGUGAGCUGGCCGGCGCUCAGCUUUGGGUAGAGGACCUUGCAGCUGCCCGGGGCGGUGCCUGCUGUGUGGAGGGCAUUUGUUUGCCGUCUUUGUCUCUCUUCUGCUGCUGGCACUGAGCACCCGAGGCUGGCAACUUUGUGAAGAGACUCAGUCGCAGUCCUGGGAUGAGAGCAUGGCAUUGUACCUGUGCAGCUGUGCUGGGUCACCUGCUAUCAGCUCCCCCCAGACCCCACCUUAGUGCACCACCGUGGGGACCAACCUUUCUCACUCACGUCACACAGAACCAGCACGAGUCACCCUGGGCUCCACAUCUGCCUUCCCACCUGCCUCCUGGUGGCCAAGGUGGUGGCCAGCAGGCCCUGUCUUUUGAGGCUGACAGGUGUCAACCGAGGGACUCACCUGCUGGCGCCUCACCCAACAAGAUUGCCAGCCUGGCUGGCCACCGAUGGUGCUGGUUAAAGCUGGGGGCAUCACUUCUGGGAGACCCCUGGCUUGGGUUCCUCCCCUGUGCUGUUGGUUACAGUGCCCAGGACACUGAGCACAAAGGCAGUGAAACAGGGACCAAAGAGCAAACAAAACACUGAUUGAUGGGAAAGCCAGGAAGUGGCUAGGGUGCAGAUUUAAAUACAGAAGCCUGGAGAAGCAGACCAAGCCAGUGGUGGAGGCAGGAGGGGCUUCCUGUGCCCUGUGAGCUGCUGUCUCCCAGCCCUGGACCUUGUGCCCCUCAAGUGUGGGGAGUUGAGUGAGCUGCAGGUGGGUGGGUGUGGACCUAAGAGGGCUGGGACGUGAUGUGGCAGGAGGCCACAGGUGAAGGGGUCUGAAGCUUCCAGGGAGUUGAGCUGGACAAGAAGAAGUGACCAAAGCUCAUGGGCAGAGAAGUGCAGUGACAAACAGCUCAAGAAAUCAGAUGUUGGGAAAGCCCGGUAGGGCUUGAGGGUGGGGUGGGACACGGCAGUGCUGGGAGUUGUCCACUGUGCCCAGGUGACCUCGCCCUGCCUGCACUCACUGCUGUGCGCACGGAAGUUCGGUCCCACUGCCAGACCUUGUCCCCAGACGGCACAGAGCCCCUGGGGGUGCAUGGAUGCCGGCUUCCAGGGCACCCCUGAAUCUUUUUACUGGGCCAUGGUUGGGGGCUAGCCCCCUCUCACCCCCACCCGGCUCCUGCAAACAGCACGAGUGUCCCGGUGGAAGACAGGACCCAGCUCCCAGGCCCCAAUCCUGGGAAUGUUUACUCCUGGGUGGAGGGUGAGGAAGUCGAGAUGUUGCAAUCGCUCCUUCCACGUCAGAUGUGUCUCGUGAGGCAGGCAGCUCCCCACCUGCUGGCCCACGUGCCUGCCUUCUGGCCCGGCUCUGAUAACAAAUCAGAAACUAAAGGGGCCGGGAUGCCUGGCUCAGAGCAGAGAUAGUCCUUGCCAGAGCAGUUCUCUCAGGGGGAAGAGGCUGCCUGGAGGCGGAGACAGGACCCAGGGCCGCCAGCACCAGAGGGUCUGCGAGGAGCAUGGCGGGCAGCCCCGAGGUGGUGGCCAUGGACUGCGAGAUGGUGGGGCUGGGGCCCCUGCGGGAGAGCGGCCUGGCACGCUGCAGCCUGGUGAGCCUGCAGGGCACCGUGCUCUACGACAAGUUCAUCCUGCCCGAGGGGGAGAUCACCGACUACAGAACCCGGGUCAGCGGGGUCACGCCUCAGCACAUGGCCACGGCCACCCCGUUUGCCCAGGCCAGGCGAGAGAUUCUGCAGCUGCUCAGAGGCAAGCUGGUUGUGGGCCACGACCUGAAGCACGACUUCCAGGCUCUGCGGGAGGACAUGGAGGCCUACACCAUCUACGACACGGCCACCGACAGGCUGCUGUGGCGCGAGGCCAGACUGGGCUCGUGCAGGCGAGUGUCCCUGCGGGUGCUGUGUGAGCGCCUCCUCCACAGGAACAUCCAGAACACUGGUCUGGGCCACAGCUCGGUGGAAGACGCGAGGGCCACCAUGGAGCUCUUCCGAGUGUCCCAGCGGAUCCGGGCCAGCCGGGGGCUGCCCUGCCUGCCUGUGUCCAACUGAGGCUCGUCCAGCCUCCAUCCUGGCCACGGAUGCCCCGUGCUUUUGGAAAGUGCAUCUUCAGCAGUAAAACGACUCCCACGCCAGCGCCGUGCUCUCUCUCCUCUCUGAGCUGGCUUG